CCUUCCGCCGGUGUGCUCACGCGUCAUUAAAAUCCCUCGAGAGCACGUGACUUGGCACUUCGACGUGGUACGAUCGGACAUCAUCAGGGAAGGAAGAGGUGCGACAGCGGAAAGGGACGCCUGCUCACUCUUAUUAUCCAAGCACCCCCACGAACAACGACCACGACGGCCGCCGCCCCCCGAAAUAUAAAGCGCAACUAGUUUGUCUUCGGGCAGAACCGUCAUCUCCCUGCGUCCACUCCGCAGCCGCCCCUCUCGACUCCGCACUACUCCCUACCCUCUCAUCCAACCACCAAGAUGUCCACGGCCACACAUCUCAUCAACACCCUCGUCGAGGAGUUGGCCCAAAAAGCAACCUCCCUCUCCACCCACGACCUCCUCCUCGUCUCGGCCGCGACUCUCAUCGCAACGGCAGUCACUGUCGUCGUGAGGACCGGAGGCGACCGUAAAGCAACGCAGUGGACUGCUGAAGAUGGAACAGUUCUCUCGAGACCGCCUGCCCGCAACGGCUGGAUCCCUUGGUUGGGCGUUGCGCUGCAAUAUGGCAAGAAUCCGGAUGCGUUUCAACGGAAAUGCAGUGAGACGUUUGGUGAUAUCUUUAGCUUGCGAAUCGGCGGAAAGCGGUUUAUCUUGAUCACAGACCCGUUCACCAUCCCCAACGUGUACAAAAUGACCAAAACGCUCUCGUUUUCUCCUUUGGCUGAUCAAGUCACCGUGAACGCUUUUGGCGCUACCAAAGCAUCGCCGAACAAAAACGUGAACGCUGCCAUGCACACCCAGUACGCGCGAUACUUGUCCGGCGAAUCCCUCCGCUCCAUGUCCGAAUCCUUCGCAUCCCACCUCAGCACCGUGCUCUGGGAUGAAUGCAAGGACCGCUCGUCCCAGGAGUUGAGCGACGGGUGGGAAAUCGAUCUGUAUAGUUUCACGCGGUGGGUCAUCUACGCUGCCUCCGCCAAAGCGACCUACGGCGACACAUUCGAUACGAAAUCUACCUACGAUGAUUUCGUCACGUUUGAUAAACACUUCCCUAUCCUUGCCGCGGGUGCACCGUCCAUCCUUGUCCCGGAAGGCCGCGCCGCCCGCAAGCGACUGAUCGCCUACCUCGCUACACUACGCAACUCAACAAUGCAAAACCAAGCGCCGAUCGCGACAGCCCGUGACGAAGUGUUUGACCGGUUCGAGUUUGGUGAUAACGAUCGCGGCGCGUGGACGCUUGCGUUCUUGUGGGCUACACAGGGAAAUUCUACCCCGACUGUGUUCUGGUACUACGCGUACGCCUUAACCCACGGCAAUCUCUUCUCCGCCUUAACCUCUGAGGUCAACCAAGCCAUCACGCCCACCACAACUCCAUCCUCCAACCCCUUUUCGGUCGCCGUCGACAUACCCACUCUGGCAUCCCUUCCCCGCUUCAACGCAACAUUUUCCGAAACACUCCGUAUGGCAUCAUCCACAUUCUCCAUCCGGGUCGCAUUGGAAGACGUACGUAUCAAACACGGCUCGAACGGUCACGAAUACCUCGUUAAGAAGGGCGAGUGGAUUGUGAUUUCGACACGGUUUAUCCAUACCGAUGCGGGGAUUUUCGAACGGUCGGCGGAUUUUGUGGACGAUCGGUUCUUGGACGUCGUGGAGGAAGUCGAGGCCGGUGUCAAUGCCGAAAGCAAUACUCCCACCACCCCUGCUACCACCGCGACUCCGACACGGACGGACAGCGCCAAGGAUAUAGCCAGAACUGCCACAACAACAGCGAAACCAACAAUAAAGAAACCCACCGCCAAGAAAUUCUCAAAAGACGGCAAGCCCGUCCGGCACCACCUCCUCCCCUUCGGCGGCGGCGCCUCGCUCUGCCCCGGCCGUCACUUUGCGAGUUUUGAGAUUAAGCUGUUUGCGGCUAUGAUGAUGUACUUUUUUGAUGUGGAGAUUGUUGGUGGGAAGAAUUCGAAGGAUGAGAAGAGUGAGAAGAAUGGGAAGGAGGGUGAUGAUGUUGGUGAUGUGGAUGAGGGAGUGAGUUUGCCGGAGAUGGAUAUGACGCGCGCCGGUUUUGGUGUGCUCCCCCCUGUGGAUGAUUUGAGGGUGAGGAUCAAGUUGAAGGGGCAUGUGGUGGAGCGGAUGGCUGCUUAGAUAAGAAUGAGGCAAGGAACCUGGGUGAUUGGUUACGGUUCGUGGGAUGUGUCUUUGUGUGGUUCUGUUAUUUUGGAGGCACUUCUGGAACUUGGGUGGAUGAGUUUUGGGGAGAAGGUGAGAGGGCAAUGUGGGACUGGCAUUGCUUUCUUCUCUUUCUUUCUGUUAUACGGCGUUGGUCUUGGCACCGACAUCUGGGCGCGAUUUCGGUCCAGAGGCCGGUUGCUGUGUACUGUAUGUAGCAGUAGAGAUCCGUACAGUAUGUAGGUGUGAGUAGAAGAGACAGAAUACAUGUGUUAGCU